AUGACGUGGGAAAAUAAAUCCGGAUGUUUAUCUCAUAAUCAUAAAGCUAAUUUGUUACCAUUCGGUAUUAGCUGGGAACCGUGCGGGACAAAUCAAAAAAUUAAAUUAUUCGCGGAAAAUAAAAUCGUGACUAUCAAUUGGCCAGCGAAUUCACCAGACCUAAACCCAAUUGAGAAUAUUUGGAAGGUGUUGAAGGAUAAUGUUCAAAUAUAUGAAGUCUUUCCAAAGUCCGAGGACGAACUUAAAAUCGCAUUAAAGGAGGAGUGGGAAAAACUUGACGUCUCUGUUUUUGAAGAGAUUAUUUCCUCACCGAUCACAUGUAAUCCUAUAUAA